AUGGCGACCGAUGUUGUCCUCGAGACGACGAUGGGUGCAAUCACUCUCGAGCUCUACAACGACCAUGCACCCAGAACUUGCAAGAAUUUCUCCACCCUGGCCCAACGGGGAUACUACAAUAACGUCAUAUUCCACCGCAUAAUUCCCAACUUCAUGGUCCAAACCGGAGAUCCUACAGGGACCGGUCGGGGUGGCUCAAGCAUUUACGGAGACAAGUUCGCCGACGAGAUAAGCCCUUCCUUGAAGCAUACUGGCGCAGGCGUGCUCAGUAUGGCCAAUAGCGGGAAAGACACAAACGGAAGUCAAUUUUUCAUCACACUAGCGCCCACGCCUUGGUUGGACGGGAAACACACAAUUUUCGGAAGGGUCAAGAGCGGAAUGAAGGUCCUGCAGCGGAUGGGGCUUGUCAAGACCAACAGUGAAGACAGACCACUGGAGGAGGUGAAGAUCAUCAGGGCAAGAGUGGUCGAGGGAACAGAAGCCGAGUGA